AUGUUGCCUUUACCUCUGUCUGGUGUAUACUCCGUAUACAUCAUUAUGGUAUGUACAGCAGAGUACAAUACCAAGGGUAAAGUUACCCCAUCUGGAAUGAAGAGCGAGCGAGCAGUUCGCAUCACCAUCUUCAUACUAUCCAUCACUUGGAGGGAUAUCGAUGUGCCAUGUGGAGAUGAGAUGGAUAAAAUAGUUCCUCUGUAUGAGGGAGGGAUUGCUUGGAUAAUUUGGACGGAUAUAGUACAGCAAUUUGUGAAAAGUUCGGUACUCGUAGUGCACUGCAUAUGGAGUACAUACUAUAUACCUCCGUGGAGAGAAGCAAGUACAGAGUAUAGUGGAGUAAAUAGCUACGACAUAAUACAUGAGGGGUGGAGGGGCAACACAAACAACAAAAUCCACAGCCGAAAAAAAACCCUAAGAUUCAAAAAUCUUCCGCAAUCAUGUAAGGAUGCCCAGCUGCGGCUCAAUUUUGCCCAGUUGGCUGCAUGUUUUAUUUUGUGA